AGUUUAUCUUCAACACUAUAAGGAAUAAGUCGGUUAUUAUUAUAAUAUACUUUAAUUUAAUGAGGUGUCCAGCGUAUAUUUUUUUAGUUAUUAUGUAAAACGUGACGGUGUUUGUUCAAUAGUUAAUACUUAUGCUGAAGAAUUCGUCGGAGAGUGUUCAAAUAAUGACUGUCCAAAAUUUGGAUAACGUUGACAAUAAAAACGGGGAAACUAUGCAAAAUAUUAGCGACAAAGCUACUAACGAUGCUCAGUCGGCUAAAAACGGACAUAUCAGUUUUAGUGUAGCCUCUUUACUAGCCGAUACGAGGCCGAGUAAAUCCGUCUCCCCAAACUCCUCCACCGUACCGUCAUCCAGUCCAACGCACCAAUCUUCCGACGAUGAAUACGAUUCAACUCAAGAAGAUUCUAUCGUAGACGUCGAAGAUUUGAAUGCGGAAAAUAAAACAGAAGACGAUUCAACGUCGAAAGUAAGUGAUUUCCUGUCGCAAAGAGACGCAAUAGAAAGAAACUUUUCUAAAGAAGCCGGGCUUAAUCAAGGUCCUAUUAGACCUACUCCUUUUUCCGCGUUAGCAGCUGCUGUGUAUCAAGCUGCACAUCCGAACUGGUCCCACCAGGGGCUGGUGAACCCGUUUGGAGGUCCUGGGCCUAUGUUUCAAGGAACCACGCCUUUCGGAGUACCCAGCAUGAACACAGUUGAUUCAAAUGGGGAACCUGCCAAACUAAAAUGUAAUUUGAGAAAACACAAACCAAAUAGGAAACCCAGGACGCCUUUCACAACUCAACAACUACUAGCUUUAGAAAAGAAAUUCCGUGAUAAGCAGUACCUUAGUAUAGCCGAAAGAGCAGAAUUUUCGAAUUCAUUGAGGCUAACGGAAACUCAAGUGAAAAUCUGGUUUCAGAACCGAAGAGCGAAAGCAAAACGACUUCAAGAAGCCGAAUUAGAAAAAUUAAAAAUGGCUUCACUUUCCCGCCAUCAUCACGCACUCUACCCCCAUCCAGCCCUCCAGGGCUAUUUCUCUCCAGGAACGCAUCCUUUAGCUUCACUGCUGGGGGCUAGACCGCCCAUGGCACCCCUCGGUCUCGUUCCCCAGCCACCCUUGCCGCAUAUGGCAUCACCGCAGGGGAAUAUAAGAUCGCCCAGUCCGCAUAUUAACUAAAGUAUUGAGUAGAUGGAAUCAAUUUGGGGGUUUUCGUGAUUUGAAUGGUUGAAGUGAGAAUCUGUUUUUUAUAUAUCAAAUUAAAACUAAUUCGAUUCUGUUAUACAUUUAGGACAACUUUUAUUUUAUAUUUUGCGAUAUUGCACAUUGCGUUUCGGAUUUACUCUUGUAAAUGUGAAGAUUUUGAAAAGAAACUUUUUUCAGGUGAGCUGGAACGGAAGUUGAAACUCAUAAAAUUCAAUUCAUGAUAGACAAUCUAGGUAAUCAACAUAAAAAAGGUGUUUAUGCUGGUUACUUUUCGGGUUUGUGUUACAAACUGAUCACAAUCUAAUCUGAUUAGUAUUGAUCUGUGCCAUGAAACUCGCUAUUUAAUGAUAUAUUAACAAAAGUAGGUGUUUUUGCAAUUGAUUCAUUCUAUUGCAAAUAAAAUUCAAUUACAAAACUAGUUACACUGAUUGGUUUGCAGUACAGGAAAAUUAGAAACUAGAAAUAAUUGGGCCAUUACAAAAUUUCACACUAUCCAAACUGUUAUUAUUAUAUUAAUACUAAAAAUGAUUCAGCGUAAAAACUUUGCUAGAUUUUGUGUAAAUAAGUAUUUCUUUUUCUUGAUCACAUAUAGUCUAUAAUAGCAAUGCAUACAAACCAUAAUAACGUGAAAUAGUUAUAAAUUAUUUACUUCCAAAAUCUUGGAAAUAUUUCGUAUUGUUACGAGUAUAGAAAGAUGUGUAGAUGUAUGAUGAUGAUAAGGAUGAUAAGGAAAAGAUCAACAGAAAAUGGUAACGACGAAUAAAAUACUAAUAUAACUAUAAAGCAGUAAAAAUUAACAAAAAGAAAAUAAUUUGGGUUCAUUGCAAAGUAGAAUUAAUGGUAAAAGUCUUAACACAGCUUUCUUCUUCUUUUUUUUAUCGGGAAGACUGUUCCAUAUAAAACAGGAAAAAUAUUCGAGAUUUUAGAGGUGGGUACCCCAGAGAAGCAUUCUGAUGUAUAUUAUUCACUUGAACUACAUUCCAUAAGUAGAGAAUCAUAUAGAUGAUAUUGCAAAUUUUGAAUAUAGUAUAAGAAAACAUCAGAGAUAACUUUUCAAAUCGAAAUUGAAUAGAGAAUAAGUCUAUUAAUAUGAAUUAUUCACAAGAAUGAAGCGAAUCAAAUAAAUGAUAAAAAUGUUCCCUUUAAGAAACCUAUGAAUACUUGCGUAUAACUAUGGGUGGAACACGUGAAGAAAAAGAGAACGGAGUCAGAUAUUGGAUACAAAAAGAUGUAUUGGAAAUUUCAAAAAACAAAUAUCCGACAUAUCUCAAUUUUUAUGGGGACCGCAGGUUUACCAUUAGAAAUAAAAGCCCUCAUCAAUCCCAUGGGUGCUAACAAAAUUUGUCAAGGUCAACAUUUUGGAGUUUUUGAAUUUUUAUUGUAAACGUUAAAUUUAUCAAAAGUAAUAGGCCAUACAAAAACUGUGGAUCAUGAAAUUUUCUACAGAUCCUGUUGGCAUUGUUUUCCCACUAAGAUUCACUGUUCUCUUGGAUACGGAUUACAUAUACAUAAUUCUUAACCCACACAUUUAUCAGAAUAUAGAUCAACAAUACACGCAAUUUUCAUCCUCAGAGAAAUAAUUGAAAGAACCAUAGAAUUUCAAAAACCCCGUUCCUUUUGUUCAAACAGCUGAUAUUAUUGAUAUACUUUGGAGAAAUCCGUAAAUUGUAAAUUAUAUAAAUGUAAUAGAAGAGCUAAUUAAAAACAACAAAACCCUGAUCAAAACACAACAAGGGUUUACCGAACAAGCGCCGAACAAGCGCCAAUACUAACAGGAAUUCGACAAGGUGGUAGUCUAAGCCCAUUGAAUUAUAGAAAAAAUGAUUAAUAUCGUAAAAGAAGUUUCUGGAGGAUACAAGAUGGGAGAAGAUCAAUAAAGAUAUUAUGCUAGGUCAACGACGCAAUUUUGAUAUCAUAGAUCGAUUCUAAACAACAGCAUUACAAAUCUUAAUAUGUAAAUAUCUGUAGAAAAAACAUAAUGAAUGGUAAUGCAAGAUGUAAACGACAACCCCAUUCACCAAUGUAUGCAAUGUACACUCAGGGAUCCAGAUCACAAGCGACAAAAGAUUACAACGAUAAGUGAGAACCCAAGUGGCCUCAAAAAUAACUGUUGGACCUCAAAUGGUAAAUAUGUCCACCGAUAGUAAAGUACACAUGAACAAAAUAAUUAUAUGUCGUAUACUUACAUAUGCAGGGGAAGCAAAAGCGAAGAGUGUUAUGAGGGCAGCAGAGAUGAAAACAUUCAGAACUAUUGAAGCAGUGAGCCUAAGAGAUCAAAUAAGAAGCCAAGCUAAAAGAGAAUAUCUAAAAAUUUGUAUAUAGUACGAUUUAAGAGAUCGGGACGACAAAAGUGGAAACACCACGUCGACAUAUUAAUGGAAGAUCGCUGUGCAAAAUGGCCAAAGGGUCAAAAACCAACUCCAAGGAGACCCCCCGGCCAAUCUCUCAAGAGACUAAAUAAAGAAGAAACAAGACUCAAGAAAACAAAAUAAGAGAGAGGAAAUAUGCCGCAACUUUUUUGAAAAUAUCAAAAUACUCUGUUGAGCAAAUUUUCUAGAGCAGGUGGAAAAUUGUACUUGUUUAUAGUUUCGCCUAUUUCUACUACAGUAAAAUAUAUGAAGUUGUCUAUGGAAUUAACUCUGUAGAUAAACAAGAAAGAGAGAGUGAAUUCUUUCUUUGUUUAUAAGAGGUCAUCCCUUGUUUCACUUAAAAUUUGUUGGAACAAUCGGACGUUGAUCAAAGAUGAUAUGGGAACAUGAACAUGUUUUUUUAUCCGUCUGUAGCUUUUAUUUUUUGUAGAGACGCUAAAGGACUUUUCGGAAACCAAGAACCCAAUCAUGAUCUGAAUGUUCGAAAACCAAAGCGGAUCACGUUCAUUGUUGUUCGGAAAAUGAUCAAGUCUAUCGGAGCGUAGUCAUAUGGUAGGAUAUUUUCUACCCUGAAAUACUGGCGCGCAAAUGCGAUCUGCUGGCGGAUUUUUUCAUUUGCCUAUGGUUUUUUGAACUUUAAAAAUUAUUCAUUCCUCUCAAAAUGCUGUCUACUAUUAAUUCUAAUGAGUAGCGUCAUUGAUAGGUUAAUGAUGUUUGCAGUUUUCAGCAUUUCAGCAAUAAAAUAUUAAACUUCAGAGCAAAAUCCGCGUGAGUGGGUAAAUUACCGAUAACUGCUCAAUAACAAUUAUCAAACAUAUAGAAUCUAUUAUAUAUCUAAAUAGUGAUUGAAAAGUGAUAAAUAUUAAAAAUUCAUGUUGAGAAUUUUCACUUAUAUUAAAGGUUUGACGUAGUAUAUACGCGCAUAUGCUUUCAUUCGAUAUAAAUGAUGUAUCUUAGAAUCGCGAAAAUUUUGUGGAUAAUUUUAUUCAUUUACAAACUAAUUUUUUUUGAAAUCUCAACGAGAAAAUUCUUUGCCCUUCAACCUUGAGCAAUUAAUUCAACACUAAACUAAUUCAAUACGAUCAUUGUGAUAUAAUGAUCAACAUCUUUAACUACUGCUUUCGACAGUCCGCGAUUAUUUAGAUCGUGUACUUUUUUGGGACAUCAUGUAUAUAAAAUCAAUAAUUAACCGUAAUUAUCUGAAAUAUUGAUAAGGAAUAAUUAAUUUGUGAUGCACAAGACAUUUCUCAAUUAAUUUUGCAAUUAAUUAUUAAGGAUAACAUAAAUGUUCAACGAGGCAAUUAAUAUUAGUGACAAUUAUUUUUUAUGAUAGUGUAAGUAUCACAAACUACUUCAUUAUUUGAUAAUUUUUUAUUUGAUGAUGCUUCAAUGUGAAGAUUACCCUAAUCGUGAUUCCAGUUUAGAAAAAAAUUAAAUUUUAAUUACAGAAAUAUCAUUAAUGAACUGAAUGAGAAAUAAUUAAAAUAAGAUAGAGUUGAUGCUCAAAAUAAUUAGAAGUUUCUGAAAAUUAAAAAUCAGCUAAUUAAAGAUAUAACAAUUCGCAUGGUUCCCAUAUUGAAGCUAAAUGUUGCUCAUUUCCUAGAAAAAUACGGACCAGAUCAGCCUCGAUCUACAAUUUUGUUUUUAAAAAAAUUUAGUUUGUUAUGAAAACACAAAAAAAUUAAUGGUUUCUUUUUUAAAUACCUUCAUUUAUAAGACGAAAUCCAAUAGAAUUAAUUAAUAUCGUUUUCAGUUUUUGCCACUUAUUGCAUCAACAAACGCGUAGUACAUACCCAUUGAGAGAUAUCAUAAAGUGAUAAGUAUUGCCGCUGAAAAAAGUUUAUAUUCGAAACAUUUGACUUCUAAACUAACAGUGAAGAAUGAUAAAGAUCAUAUUCGGCAUUGCAUGCUUUUCGACGUCCAGUUGGGAAAAAAAUCAAUCGAGUCUGUAUUAAACGUUUUUAUUUGCUUCUGGUCAAAUAUCGUUGAUAUUACAAAAUGUUUUGAGAAAUUCGAGAGAAACAUGUUGAGGGUAACCAGCAUCUGGUUGUCUAAAUUAGAUCAGGAAGCAUUUCAGGCAUUUUUGCUUAGAAAUAUUUAAAUAACGCAACAAGAGCUUGGGAAAUCUUUGAAAUGUUAGUAAAAAAUUUGUUUUCAACUGUCGUCACUUCAAUAUGAUUCAAGACUUUGUAGUGGCUUCUAUGUAAAUUCGCUCAUAUGUCUGAUUUUGAUUUUGUAAGGAGAUUGUUACUAGAUAUGAAAAAUGCAUGAAAAGAGAACCACAAUGUUCUGACAUGCGAAAAAGUUGAUGUUGUGUGAUUGGUGGAAAUAUUUAUCAUAAACUUAUAUGAACUAUCCAAACCAUUAUAAGUGAGGUGUAUAGUGUACAAUUGCAAAGUUCAGACCGAGCUCUGAAAAAAACAAAACCUGCGCCGGCUUAUCAGAAAACGUAUUUUGGAAGGGAAAUUAGUCCUUAAAGAAGCCUUAAUUAAAUUUUCUCGAUGAAAAUUAGAUUUUACAAUAAGAAGAAUACAAAGAUGCAAUCUGAGUGUUCAGUACAAGUUCAGUACAGUUUACAAGCUUCGAUAGUUUAAAAGAAUAAUGUAAAAUUGAUGAUUUUACUGAUUAUUUAAAAUUUUGA